AUGGGCAAGAUCAAUCUUUUCUUGAUCGGUCUUCUCGGGCCCGAAUUUUUACUACCCAUUGCUCUUGGCCAAUGGUCAUCGGCUCGCGCUUCAGUCAAGAGAUUUCGAAAGGCCGGAUACGAGCAUUGGACCUUAACACAUACAUACUUUGCGGAUAUGGGCGGUUUUCUUCUGCAAUCUCCUGGAAGCGACAUGUUUCCCAUUGACGCGACACAGCUUUUCUGUUUGGUUCAAGAUGGGUUCAUAGUCUAUCCGGAAUGUGAUGUCGAGGACAUCCAGGAUAAAUGUAAAUCUGGAGACAUGUCAAGCUUCCAAACAAUCCGUUUCUCACACCAUAUUAGAGUUAUCGCAGUAUUGCAAGCACUUUGGUUCUUGAUCAACUGUAUCAUUCGCCUAGCCCAGCGUCUCUUUUUGACCACUUUUGAACUUACAACACUAUCUUUCAUUCUGAUCUUCUUCGUCACCUCAUUCUGCUGGAAAGACAAACCCAAGGACGUCUCUCGAGCUAUCAUCCUAACGACGGAUACGCCCAUUGAUACGAUUCGCUCUAAAUACCACCCAUUCCCGGAAGAGACAUGGUAUCAGACACCACUCGCUUUUCUUUCACGCGAGGAAAGGGUCUCCAGUCGCCUGUGGCGGUAUUACGUUCAAAUCCUCCACUACCUAUACAUUCCCAUUUUCGCAAGACCAUGCACUAAGCCCUACGAUCACUUCCCUUCCGACACCUCCCUGCCCACGGACAGGACUGCAGAGAUCAUCGGUGCACCGAUCAUCCUGUUCUUCACAUGUAUAUUCACAUUCGCCUGGCACUUCGAGUUUCCGACUCCCGCAGAGAAGCUUCUUUGGCGCAUCGCAGCCGUCUAUCAAAUUAUCUUUGGGUUGGUCGGCGGCCUUGGUGUUAUCUAUGCAGAUACAAUCGUUCUGCCUCAUACUCGAGAAAAGUCUGUGUCUUUUGAUUACUCUCCCACAGGGCGUCUUGCUUGGCUUGCCUGGAAAUUGAGGAAUAUUCACCCGGACCGAGAUCCAGACUUGACCAUUCCCUUGAAGGCACUCUUGCCAUUUACCCUGCUUUGUAUCGGAUAUUGUUUUUCACGGACCUAUAUCUUGAUGGAAGAUUUGGUGGGGCUACGAAGGUUACCGGAGAGUGCGUUCCAGGUUGGAAGCUGGACGAUGUAUAUUCCUCAUUGGUUAUAG